CCACCACCACCUCUCCAGCACCUCACUUUCGCCUAAAUUCAAAACCUAUUAAUGCGCCCCCAGAUUGCCUCCCGGGGCUCAGUGUUGUGGUGUCCGGAGCGACGCGUUGUAGUAUAAUUUCGGGGGUCCUGAGAAUUAUUGAAUCAGUUGUCUGGUCGCCCGCCAAGUUGCCUCAGCCGCAGCGUGGAGGGGGCGGGGGUGGUGGUGGUGGUGCCGGUGUUGGUGAGGAUCUGAGUGGUGAGUGGUUUCCUGGUGGAGGGAUGUGGUGUAGUAUUUUACGCGGAGGGAGAUCUGAUAAAACUGCUUGUAUAGUGGAAUUUCCUGAGAGUUUUGGAGGUGAAGCGAGGACGGGACGAGUGCGUGGCGAAGGGAGGUGAGGGGAGGGUGCGAGGGUUGCGUGGCGGAGAGGCAGCGUGGUGGUGGUGGUGGAGGGGAGGCGUGGUGGUGGCGGCGUGGUGGUGCAAGGAGCGGCGUGGAGGUGGCGGCCGUGGCGCGGCAGUGUGCGUGGUGCCAGUGUGGGUGCCGGGAGAGGCGGGCAGCGCUGCGUCACUCUCCUCCUCGCACGGUACUUCCUGUCACCGUGGGGUCCUCACAGCACCCCCACCUCUCUGCGCCACACCCACACAAACCCAGCCAGCCCAUCACCCGCACGACGCCAGCCUUCACUCACCAUACAACCACCAAGAUAAGUCAAAACAGUUCCGAGUGCACACACCGCACCGAAGAUCACGAUGAGGAGUUAUUUUUUUAUAUUUACGCCUCUGGUUGUAAAAGUGAAGGGUAAAUCACAUGUAAAAGAGAAAAAUCAUGAACUUCAACUCACGUAAUUGUGCCUAAUGGGAGGGAAUACUAAAGGAUAAAAAUCACUGAAGGCUCUUAACCACGAUCAAGUCGCAUUUUCAAAGUCACAUCAAUAGUUGAAAAUAAAAAGCAACGGGAAAAAAAAAUAAAUAGAAAGAAGAGGACGAAAGAUAUAUCAACACAAGAGAUGCUGAUGAGAGAGACAGAAAGAGAAGGAAAGGGAGGACAAGAAAAGGAGAACAGGACAUCAGAAACACCAGAGGACAUGCCAGUGACCAAGAAUCCCGUGUCCUCGCUCUACAGAAGGAACAGAAGGGGAGAAUAGGCCGCCGGCGAGAGUAAACGAAGAAGAAGGACCAGAAGGGCCUUUCAAACCUGACUCAAAAGAGAGAGAGAGAGAGAGAGAGAGAGAGAGAGAGAGAGAGAGAGAGAGAGAGAGAGAGAGAGAGAGAGAGAGAGAGAGAGAGAGAGAGAGAGAGAGAGAGAGAGAAAACAAGACCAGAAAUCUGGCUCUAGGUGAACCGCAGCUAUGAGAGGCACGGCACCAGGUCAGCUUUUCUGGUGAAGAGAGAGGCCGUGAGGCAUGAAGGAGGAGGGGCCGGGCGGGAGGGAGGGAGGGAGGGGCAGAAAGAUAGAGAAGGAGGAGAUGGUCCAAAAUUGUGGAGGAGCUAGAGCGUGUGAGAGGGAGGCGGUGCGAGUGGCUGAAAGGUGGAUGAAGUGUGCGGUGUGUGGCCGGGAGGGAGGGAAGGGAGUGUAGGUGUGUGUGUGUGUGUGUGUGUGUGUGUGUGUGUGUGUGUGUGUGUGUGUGUGUGUGUGUGUGUGUGUGUGUGUGUGUGUGUGUGUGUGUGUGUGUGUGUGUGUGUGUGUGUGUGUGUGUGUGAAGGUGAAUGGUGGAUGUACGUACGUGUGUAUGCAUAAUAGCAUGUGGUGCCUCCCUACAUAAGUGUAAUCGAUAGAAGAAAAAACAUAAUCUAAUGAACUUGAAAAGCAAAACAGAGGAACAGAACACGAUAAAAGACAACAAAACUAAACAAACCAAAGCAAACCGAAACAAAAAAAAAAUUGAAAAAAUAGUGAAGCAUGAAAAAUAGAUACAAAAACAAAAAAGAAAAAAAACGCGGCACGGGAAGAACCACGGACACGGAAAUAAAACUAAAUCAAAGGCACUAAAAGGACUGAGAGAGUGAGUGGAGAAAAAACGACAGUGGAAAAGAAAUACACGUAGAAUUGUGUCUCAAAUAAGGCAAUAGAGAGACACUGAGGACGAGGAAAGAUGAGAAGGCAAUGAUGGGACGCCCAGAAGGAGGACGAGGAGGAAGACGAGGAGGCUGAGGAGGUUCACGGUGGUCAGGCAAGAGUAACGCCUCGGAAUAAAGAAUCUGAACGCUGAGCAAGACUUCCGGCCGCACCACCAUAAAAGAGGACAACGUGAGGGGAAAAAAAGAGGAAAAUAAAGGAAAAGAAAGACAGAUCAGGGAGACAUUAUGAGGGUGAACAGCCAUCAUUACAGCCACACCCACCGCCACCACCACGACUCGGGCGUGGAGGGCGGGUCGUGCCGCAAACGUGGGAGUUGUGGGCCGGCCUGGUGCUCGCGGGAGACAUGGCAAGCUGCUGUGCAGUUAGUCCUGCUGUGUCUCGCCUCCUGCUCCUGGACACUGCUGCUUAUUUCCCUCACCCUCACCUCCCCUAUUUCUGCCCACAGGCACGUGGUGGAGGCGGUGGUUGAUCCCGGACCUCCGUGGAAGGGCGGCAGUGCCGAGGCCUGCGAGGAGUGCUUGACCCGACAUGGACCUCCAGGGACUUACUGGCGGGUGUUCCAAGGACCGCUACAGCAGGUGGUGGCUGCUCUGAACCGCCUGGACCAGCCCCUGGCUCCCCCUGCUCUGCGCGCUCAUUUGCUGGGUACCAGGACGCUGCUGCAGCACCUGGCCUCCGUCCUGCACCUGCCACUCUUCGACCACGCUGAGGAUGACACUGAGACAAAAAGGAGCGAGGCAGCGGUGUGGGCAGCGCCGGGGGAGCCCCACGGAAAGCUGGCGUGCCAGGAGAGGUUUCUAGGUUCCAAGGUGGGUUACCCACGUUACGUGCAGGGCUUCACGCGUGUGGCCUGCACUGCCCUGCCCCUGAAGCAGGUAGUGACAGCGGUGCUGUGGGACGUGGACCCUAAGUACCUCAAGAAUCUUCUGUCGAACUUUGAACGCAUAUACCCCGAGCUGCCGUUGUUGCUGCUGAGUGACGCAGACGCGCAUGGCGGGGACAACCUGGUGGUCGAGCCGCCCACGCCCUCCGUGCCGCAAGCUCUCGCCAAAGCCCUCGCCCGUGUAAAGACGCCUUAUGUGCUGCUUGCUUCCAAUUUAACUCAACUUAGUCAUCACUCGCGGUUGGAGAGGCUGGUGUGGGUGGCGGAGUGGGCGGGCGUGUGGGCGGUGGGUGGUUCCGUCAGAGGGGCAGACGGACGUUGGAGGGCGGGGUGCCUGCAGGUGAGAGAGGACCAUGGCCAGCUCGUGUACGCCCGUGGGUACGACGCCUCAAUGCACGAGUGCCAGCUGUGUCAGGCCAUAGACGGCCCUGUCGUCAUGCGCACGGCAGCGCUGGCGUCCCUCAACUGGCCUGAAAACGCCACCGCCAGACAACUUCUCUUCCCGGAGUUGUUCCUGGAGAUCCAUGCCAAGGCCGCCCCUCACCAGCACGGCGCCGCGGUGUGUCCUGACGCCAUGUUCCUGCAGGCCGCCCUGGAGGCACCCUGGCAGGUGGCUGCUGAUACUCGCCUACAGGGACGCGAGCUACAGCGGGUGGCGGCGCUGUGGAGACCCUUGGCUCGGCAGCGGCACCUGGUCCGCCUUCACCUGCCCUCGGGAGUCAUCAUUAAUUACCCGUGUGAUUUCCGCCCCGCCGUCCACGACCAAACUUCAGGCUUGCCAUGGACUCUCACAGACGCCGCUUCGCUGCCACCCUGGACAUGCGAACGCCAAGAGAUCACGGCGAUACUAUCCCAACUCCUGCAGACGUGUGACAUCCUCCACAUCAAGUGUUUCUUACCUCAGGCAUCCCUGCCAGGAGCUGACGGCGAUUCUAGCCUGCCAGGGAGUGAAGAGGGAGAGGACGGAGAGCUGCAGGUGAGGGCGGCGGUGGCCUUCCUGCCCCCACGCCUGUCCCUCCUCGCUAACUUCUCACAUUACACAACCUCCCACGAGGGCGAGUCACUGAAAGUGACAGGGCGAUGGUGGCGCGUCAUCCUAACGCCCACGCCCGUGCCCUACUCUCUCCGUUGGAUCAGCCUUGUGGCCUGUCUCAGGAGGGAGGUAGUGGACGGGGUGUGGGCGUGGAUAAUCCAGCCGGACAUAGAGAAGCGUCACGAGGGAACGGGCGGCCCUCUACCCAACCUCCGCGCCGCAGACACAACGUGGGAGGAGGAUGUGCAGGUGCUGAUGAGGCCGAGGUGUGCCGCGGGGUCGCACCUCCCAGCCUGUCAUCACCUCACCGUAACAAAAGACUCAGGAAGGUCACACAGCAUCAGAGGCCCGUCACAGCCCGUCACAGUCAGCCUCAUACUCACACUCGCUCGCCCACAUCAGCCGUCUGCCCUCUUGAGUCUAAGGUUUCUUUUAGGUUAAGGUGUCUCAUAAAUACAUACAUACAUACAUACAUAAUCCUGAACCGCCAAAGUCAUAAUAAUUAAGGUGUCAUAAGUACUCUCUCUCACUCUCUCUCUCUCUCUCUCUCUCUCUCUCUCUCUCUCUCUCUCUCUCUCUCUCACUCUCUCUCUCUCUCUCUCUCUC